UGAGCUUCCGGUGUUGUAGAUGUCAACAAAGCGCCGGCACGGCGUUUUAUGCAUAUAUAAACAGCACUAAAAAGCAAACUGAAAAAGAGGUUGUAUCCAGCAGACCUAAUCUCUGGUCCAGCAUCAUGGUUAAAACAGAGGAGCUGUCCGAAAAUGUAAGGCAAAACGUCAUUGACCUUCACAAGACUGGUUAUGGCUAUAAAAAAAUUCGCAAUAAGUUGAAUCUUCCAGUUUCUACUGUAGCAUCCAUUAUCAAGAAGUUCAAAGCUACUGGGACCGUUGCGAACUUACCAGGAAGAGGGUGCAAGCAAAUCUUACCUCUACGUGCUGUGAAAGAAAUGGUCGGACAGGUACAUUCAAAUCCUAAGGCAACACUUGGAUAUCUUCAGGAAUGUCUGGCAUCGUCAGGUUUUAACGUUUCAAAAGCUACCAUUCGCCGUCGGCUGCACGAUUUUGGCUUCAUGUGGACAGAUGAAACAGCUGAUCUUUUCGAACAUCCUUCUCUGCGCACCAUGACAACUUUAGCCGAGACCAAGGAAAUCUUUCGCAGUGCAGAUGCUGUUUGCUUCGACGUGGACAGCACUGUGAUUAAAGAGGAGGGUAUCGAUGAAUUGGCGAAGUUUUGUGGCGUUGGAGAUGCAGUCACAGAAAUGACUCGUAAGGCUAUGGGUGGAUCGAUGACGUUCAAAACUGCAUUGACUGAGCGGCUUUCCAUAAUACGAUGCUCGCGGGAGCAAGUCAAUAAGUUGAUCACUGACCAUCCUCCGCAGCUGACAGCAGGUAUUAAGGAACUGGUGGAGACCCUGCAGCAGCGGAACGUGAAGGUGUUCCUCAUCUCCGGCGGGUUUCGCUGCAUCGUGGAGCACGUAGCGACACAGCUCAACAUCCCUCUCCACCACGUCUAUGCCAACCGCCUCAAGUUUUACUUCAACGGUGAGUACGCGGGCUUCGAUGAGACGCAGCCCACGGCGGAGUCUGGCGGGAAGGGCCGGGUGAUCAGCAUGCUGCGAGAGCAGUACGGCCUGAAACGGGUGGUGAUGAUCGGAGAUGGAGCCACAGACCUGGAGGCCUGCCCUCCUGCCGAUGCGUUCAUUGGCUUUGGAGGAAAUGUUGUGAGACCGCAGGUGAAGGAGAGAAGCUCGUGGUACGUCACCAGCUUUAGAGAGCUUCUAAAAGAGCUGGAAAAGAUCUAAGGACUGGAGACACUCCAUGUGAGCAGCAAAAGGACCACUCCCAUCUAUCACUUACCCCCAUAGGUCUAAUACUAAUGCAAACACCAGAAAAUGUCUACACAAGGACUUUUUAUAGGUUUUUUAUUAUUAACGCACAAUUUUAUCUUUUGUUUCUUACAAGUUCUCAGACCACGUCCUUGCUGUGAGCUUAAGGAUGGCAGUGUUCGCUUUUAAAGUGAUGUAAUUAGAUGGCAUUUCAGGCUUUUAGUCUUUAUUAACUGAUGUUAUAGCAAACUGACGGAGAUGAAGAUCUGUUAUUUUAGUCAUUCCAGGCUUUUACUUGGCAUUUACAUGAUACACGUAUUGCACCCUACAAUGAGAAAAAUGAAAUUGCACAUCUUUUAAAAAAGAGUAUGGUAAUCCACAUUUGGCUUCAACACAGUGCUGUAAGUCUAAUAAGCUGUUUUAGUAGUGUGCCUAAUGUUCAUAUGUAAACCUUUCCUCCUUGUUGGGGAAGGCUUUCCAUUGUUUUAAUGUAUGAAUCAGGUCUUCAAACAAACACUAAGUAACAUCCAUUGUUUUGUGCAAUGACAACAAUAAAGAUGUGAUCGUAUUAAUGCAAGUGGAGAAUAUUCUAUU